UCCUCGGUUGCAACGCCGUGUGGACUUGUAGUUAAAUACCAACAUUUCAGAGUAAUAUACUACCCCCAUCUUCAGGGCUGAAUAUAAAGACAGUAGGCUAUGUUCCUCCAAUACGUUGGUAUGUUUCCACACGCACAAACGGCGUUGCUACCGAGAAGGGCACCAGCGACAAAACAAAUCCUCUCUGCCCCCCCCCCCCCCCCUCCGGUUGAAAUAGCUUAGACCUGGUGGGUAUUACCUGCUUUUAAUAAUACAAAUUCUGAAUUACAACUCAUAACAACAUUUUGAGCUGUAAAGUACUUACUUUGCCCUACUGUUUCGUCUGUAUUUUUACAGAUAUAGCAGAGAAGUGCAAACAGAUUUUCAGCUUAUUAACUUUUAACAACUUAAUUAAACCACAGAGUGAAAAUAAAAUCAACGGAAAUUUGUUAAGCAUGCUUAGGUAUACAUUCACAGUGGAUUCCGGUUAAUUGGGACACAUCGGGACUUAACACUUUGGCCCAAUUAUGCGAAGUUCCACGUAAAGAGUUAAAAAAGUUUGUUCUUUAAGAUUUGUCCCAAAUAAGCGGCUGCCCCGAUCAACCGAUGGACCAAUUAACAGGAAUCUACUGUAUAUAUAAAAUGCUGAACAAAGAUGCAGAGUGAAAUAAACAGGGAUCUUAGGACAUAAACGGCUGAUAUGAAUUGUAUAGUUGAGGGAGUUACCCAUCAUUUACGUUAAUACGAGGAUUAAAUAAUGUAAAAGGAAUGUUUUAUAAAGGAAGGCCUAAGCAUGUCUAAAACGUCCCGACUACAAAGUCUAGCAGAAAAAAACUAUUGACUCUAAAAACCUGGAAGGUGUUAAUUCUAAUUAUAAUACAAGGCCUUUCAAUUGUUUACUCAUUCAAGUAUUAGGCUGGAGAUUUUCCACGUAUCACACUUUGUACAGUAAAAACAACUGCCUACAAAUCUAAUUAUUAUCAGCACAUGUAAACAUGUUUAAUUACAUUUUUAUUAACAUACUAAAAUUGAAAUCGUCAUAAUCAUCCCCACUUAACCUUGCGAAAUGAAAAAUUGUACAUGAGAGCUCAACUGUAGUUUUCAGAAAUAUUCGUCUUUCAGCGACUGUACAUCGCCUCUCCAUUUCUGGAGGGUGAACGAACCGAACAAAGGAAAGAAAGCAUGAACUUUCAUGCGACGACAUGCAGAAUUUAAUUUUAAUGGUUUAUAGUCACACAACUGCCAACAGCUGCAAUUUAUAGCCUUGUGGUUCAAUUUUCAUUCACUGACGACACCGUGGCCAUCCCUGACAAUGGCCUUCAACCAGUACCCACCUGCUAGGGCCCCCAACACUUCUCAGAAGCCAGGUACGCACCUACAACUACAAUGAAACAGAACAAAGAAUAAUUACUUCCGUUCCUGCCAUCACACACACAGAGCGAGGGCUGCUAUCUACCGCCGAAAAGCCGAAUAACGGUUUCUGCAAAGAAAGUGGUCGUUGGUGUAUCGUUAGCAGAGAAACUGCUGUACAGUUCAGUGUAGAGAUAAUGUUUUAGAAGCUCAAGGGUCUUUAGCCGUGCAUGCGUGUAGAAUUAAACGUGUAGGUGUGAUUCAACAGAUGAAGUGUCGAAGAUCUUCAAAAGUCUGCAAAGUCUGUAUUUCACGUUUAUAUGUAAAGUGACCAUUUCGUUUCAAGAUGGAACUAGGAUCGUGAACUUCUGUCAUCCGCUGUUUGCCUCGUCAGUAGAAUAUUCAGGUGGAUGAGUACCAAGAUGGCAUCAGCGUUGCAGUGGAAGCUGAACCGGCUGUUCUCAUUUCCUCGUCUAAUUGUCCUGGUGGUGGUGGUAGUUGUUCUGUUUCUCUUGUUAAAACCAUCUGAAGUAGAUUACGGCUUCCUGCCCUACAGGCAGGAACUGUUUGACAUAGUUGCCAACAGUGCCUUCGAUGGCUUUAACAACGAAACCGGUUCUAAGAAUGGAGAAUACAUUGUCCCAAACAUCAUCCACUUGUUAUUUUUUGAUAUCAGUGAAUUAUCUUUUGUGGAUGCAGUUUGUGUGUUGGCGGCAUUUAAGAAUCAGCGCCCAGAAAUUAUAUAUUUUCACACUAAUGUCGAAGAAUUUAAAGGGCAGUACUGGGAGAAACUGAAGAGUACACCAGGUCUGCACAUAAAAAUCCAGAAAGUGACACUGCCAGAUAAAAUAUUUGGCCAAAAUUUCGGUUCAAAAAACCACCGGUGGCACGCGGGGGAUGUAGUACGAAUAAAGAUUCUGAUGGAAUAUGGAGGAAUAUUUUUAGAUAAUGAUUCUUAUUUAGUGAAAAGUUUAGAUGAAUUUCGUAAAUUUGAAAUGACUCUAGGUUGGCCUGAAGGACAGUAUUUAGGCACUCAAGUGUUGGUGGCCAAUAAAGAUGCCAGGUUUCUGCGUCUUUGGCUUGAAACUUACAGACAGUAUUACCCCAACCGAUGGUACUUCAAUGCGGGAGAAAAACCCACAAGGGAAGUGCUAUGGUUCAAACCUGAAUUGGUGCAUCGAGUGAAGACACUAUUUGGCGUGCAAGACCUUAGCGAAGAACUGUACAGGACUGACGAUUGGAGUGAAUGGCGUAAAUUUUAUGCGAUACAUCUCCUUAUCAGACAUCGAUGGUACCUGGACAGUUUGUGGAAUAUGCUGUGGUGGCCAAGUCUACAUGAAAAUAACAUUGGUAACUACCCCAAAACGUUUGGUGAAAUGGCAAGGGAGGUAUACUUCUAAUGAACAAGGAGAUGAGUACCCAGUCCCAUUAAUUCUGAACUUGUACUUUUAUUUAUCAAGUAUGACGUAGGCCUGUAAUGUUAUAAUGACCAAAUGUGGUGUUAAACCGUGAGUGAUAGUUUUUAGAAGAUGCAGAAAUGCCUACAAUUAGUCGCCAUGCUUAUAGAAGACGUCUAGUCAUACAUCUAGUUUCAAUGUAUAAAUAUAGUGCAAAUGUUAUUGUCCUUAUAACGUAAAUUUGCCUAAUAGAUUCACUCAGCAUUUUUGAAUGAAGAUUCUUCAGAUUAUCUGUAUUUUAAAUAUCUUGUCUACUCACCUUUUCCCCUCCAGUAAGACGCAGUCCAAAACAGCACUCAGGCGAAUUAUGUACAGGCCGACUAAUCCAGCGUUUUCGUAUUAUAUCUCGAUUGUAACGGAGACUGCAUUACACGAUGCUUUAGCAAGGAUAUAAUUUGUCAAAGUCACCCAUUUUGUGGAGUACCGGAAACAAUCUGUAAUACAGCAAAGAAACAAAAGUUUCUCAAUUAUACUGCAUGGCUUUGAAAUAAAAGCGGAAGAACUGAUAGCCCAAAGUUGUUAUCCUGAUGGAUGAUGUAUUUUUUCCCCAGCAGUCAUGGAAAGGCCAAUUAUUAUUUUGCAUCUGAAAUCACAUAUAAAUCAUCGUAGUAGCUUCUUGUGAGUUAUUUCCACAGAGUAUAUAAAAUUAAUACAUAACAGGGAGAUCAUGUCUGCAUGUUUGAACUCUGAUGAAAUUUGGUAUUGGAGAUGUAUACCAAAAUCUGAAAGAAAAAUGUAAUUUUUUAUCAUACAUAUUUACCACUUUUAUUUUCUUUGAAACUUCAGCUAUUCUGUCUGUUUUUGAAGCUUGUUUAUUAUUGAAGAUAUGAGAAAAUGGUGCCAGAGGUUAUAAACGAAUUGGUUAUUCCAUGCAUGUCGUAAUAGAGGCAGAAAAAAUGUGUUUAUGAAAAUUUAAUUAGUACCACUCAAUAUUAGACGCUGUAGCAAAGGUGUUGCUAUAACCAAAAUCGACUAAUUAAGAUUUCUCAAAAAGGUACAUCACACGAAAAAUCUAUGUCAGAUUUAAAUUUGCAACUUAUAUUUGAAACAUAACAUAUUUUAUAUGCUGAAUAUUACAUUAAAAAGAAAAAUAACCAUUGACUGUGCAAAGUGAUCUGUAAUAAAAUUAGCCUUUUCAUCAGUGGAUAAGUGUUGCAUCAUUAAAAGAAAAGCCUGUUUGUGAUUUAUUCUAAACGUUAUAUCAAUAAAAAAAUUUAUACCAAACAAAUGAUGAUGCUGACCAUAUCAGUAAAGAAAUUAUUAAAAGCCUUCACAGACUGGUUAAACUUUCUUCAAACGUAAACCAUACGGAACUUCAAAAGAGCAAAACAAGACUUUACAGUGUAAGUUUAAGUAGUGUAUUCCCUAUGUUAUGAUACUAUUAAAAAUACUUGGAAUUAA